AUGCGUCUCUUUGCCUGUCUGUGCAUGGUGCUGAGCUGUUUGCCAGGAGGGGGCUGUGUGUGUCCUUCCCAGUGCACCUGUGACUACCACGGCAGGAACGGCGGCGUGGGGUCCAGGUCGAUACUAUGUAACGACAUGGAUAUCAAUGAGAUGCCUACCAACUUGCCCGCGGACACCGUGAAGCUUCGCAUAGAGAAGACCGUCAUCCGCAGGAUCCCCGCGGAAGCCUUCUACUACCUGGUAGAGCUCCAGUACCUCUGGCUGAGUUACAAUUCCGUGGUCACCAUCGACCCCAGCAGCUUUUACAACCUGAAGCAGCUGCAUGAGUUGCACUUGGAUGGGAACGCUCUGGCUGCUUUCCCCUGGGCAUCUCUGCUGGACAUGCCCCAUCUGAGGACCCUGGAUUUGCGCAACAACAGAAUAACCAGUGUGCCAAACGAGGCCGUCAGGUACCUGAAGAACCUCACCUACUUGGAUCUGUCAAGCAACAGACUGACCAGGCUGCCGCCAGAUUUCCUGGAGAGCUGGUCUCACUCAGUUACAGCACCUGGAAGCCUGGACCUUUCACCAAGAGUUAUUCUCGGUCUUCAGGACAACCCUUGGUCCUGUGACUGUCACAUUUCCAAGAUGAUCGAGUUGUCGAAGGUUGCCGAGCUUGCGGUAGUGCUGCUUGAUCCACUGAUGGUUUGCAGUGAGCCUGAGCGCCUCGCAGGAGUUCUGUUUCAGCGGGCUGAGCUGGAGCACUGUCUGAAGCCAUCAGUAAUGGCCUCGGCCACAAAAAUCAUGUCUGCUCUGGGCAGCAAUGUUCUGCUGCGGUGUGAUGCCACCGGCUACCCCACCCCGCAGCUCACGUGGACCAGAUCCGAUAGCUCGCCAGCUAAUUAUACAGUGAUACAGGAAUCUCCAGGGGAAGGAGUGAGGUGGUCCAUUAUAAGCUUGACGGGCAUUUCUUACAAAGAUGCCGGGGAUUACAAGUGCAAGGCCAAAAAUUUGGCUGGGGUGUCGGAAGCUGUGGUUACCGUGACAGUGGUGGGCGUUGUCACCACCACCGUAUCAGCAGACACUUCUGAAGGAAGACCCGGAGAUCGUCCUGAGCAGGUCCAGCCAGGAUCUGGAAGAUGGCCGUCUACACCCAGUUCAUUGUCAUCUCCCUGGUCCUCUUCCUCCUCUCCUUCCUCCCCCACGUCUUCCACUUCUCUGUCUAAUUCUACUCUGUCUCCUUCUGGCAUGGCUUCCUUCUCUUUAUCUCCUCUCUUCUCCUCCAUCGUUCCUUCAGCCGCAACCCGAAGCACUGGCAUUUCAGCAAGCCCCACCACGGCCAGCAGGCAGUCACUCCAGCUCCAUCCGGAUGGGAGAAGAACCUUAAAGGUGGAGAUGGGCGGAAGUAAGCUUCCCCUAGCCAGCGCCAGUAGGAAGGAAGAGCUGGCCUUGUUGGAUCAAGCAAUGCCUACGGAGACGAAUGCCACGAUAGAAAACCUCAGGGUGGUCAGCGAGACUAAAGAGAGCGUGACUUUGGCGUGGAACAUCAUUAAUACCACACGUAACUCGGCGGUGACCGUGCUGUAUUCCAAGCAUGGUGAGACGGACCUGCUGCUGUUGAAUGCGGACUCCGGCAAGAACCAAGUAACCAUAGAUGGCUUGGAGCCCGGCGGGCAAUACGUGGCAUGUGUCUGUCCAAAAGGAGUGCCUCCCCAGCAAGACCAAUGUAUCACCUUUUCUACCAGGAGGGUCGAAGAAGAUGAUUCUCAAUGGUCUUUGCUUAUUGUGGUGACCAGCGUUGCCUGUGUUGUUGUCUUGCCAUUGAUCUUUUUCUUAUUGUACAAAGUUUGCAAACUGCAAUGUAGGUCAGACUCUUUCUGGGAAGACGAUUUGGCAAAAGAGACUUAUAUCCAGUUUGAGACCCUGUCUCCCAGAUCUCAAAGCAUAGGGGAGCUUUGGACACGAAGGCACAGGGACGAUUCAGAAAAAUUGCUGCUCUGUUCUAAGGCAAGUGUGGAAUCUCACGUGACUUUUAAAAGUGAGGGUUCCAGACCAGAGUAUUUUUGCUAA